GCCACGAGCAACGCAAGCUUUGAUAGACAUCAUUAUAAAUAAUAUUUUUACGUUUAGUUUAUUGUGUUAUACCGCCCAACAAUGUCGAACAACGGGACCCGUAAGCGCUCCCUGCCUUCCGCCCCACGCGGCAAGCCCCGCAAGCCACGCAAGCAGGUGUCUGAAGACGAGGACAGCAAUGACUCGGUGACGUCAGAGCCGAGAGAGCAGCAGAGGACCCCGUCGCCUAUGGGCGACGAGCCUACUGUCAAGCUGCCUGAGGAGCUGCUGAAAACCUUCUACAAGACUCCUGGAGUGCUGAUGAUCGCUGGCCUCGUGUCGUGGGACCUCGUGGCCAAGAAGGAGAACGCGACCGCCCGCACCCAUCCCAACCUGUACACGUUCCAUCGGUUUACAGACCGCAAGUACCGCCUCAUCGUGAGCUCUUGCACUGCCGGUCACUCCAUUCUCAUCGGUGAAGAUGGAACAGCAUAUACUUUUGGUCGCAACGGCAGCGGUCAGCUAGGUUUUGGCGACACGACCACUAGGAAUGUUCCAGAACCCGUCCCGGCGCUGCAGGGCAUGAACAUCAUCCACGCCGCCGUCGGCCGGCACCACUCGCUGUUCGUCACAGACACGGGAACAGUGUACGCGUGCGGCGACAACAAGAGCGGGCAGUGCGGGCUCGGCAGUAGCUCGCCGCAAGUGCUCAAGCCUACCCGUAUACGAUACACCGGUAAGCCGAUCGUGAAGGUGGGGUGCGGGGCGGAAUUCUCCAUGAUCCUGGACUGUAACGGCGGGCUGCACUCGUUCGGGCUACCCGAAUACGGACAGUUGGGCCACAACACCGACGGCAAAUACUUCGUGACCGCAAACAAGUUAUCGUUCCACUUCGAGACGGUGCCGAAGCACGUGGCGCUGUUCUUCGAGAAGACAAAGGACGGGCACGUGGCGCCCGUGAAGGACGUGGACAUCGUGGACUUCUCGUGCGGGAACAACCACACGGUGGCCAUAGACUCAAAGAAGCGCGCGUUCAGCUGGGGCUUUGGCGGCUUCGGUCGUCUCGGCCACGCCGAGCAAAAGGACGAGUCUGUACCCCGCCUUAUCAAGUACUUCGAUACUGCGGCGCGCGGCGUUCGCUCCGUACAUUGCGGAUCGACUUACAGUCUAGCUGUGAAUGAGAUCGGUACCCUAUUCCUAUUUGGGCAAACAAAACGUACCGGAGAGGCGAACAUGUACCCUAAACCCGUUCAGGAUCUCACAGGCUGGAACAUCCGCAGUAUCGGUACUAGCAACACAUCCAUCGUGAUCGCGGCCGACGAUUCCCUGAUAGCCUGGGGCGUGUCCCCGACAUACGGAGAACUGGGCACCGGUGAAAUCGCCAAAUCCACCGCGAAGCCCAAAGAGGUGACCCGCAUGGAGGGCACCAACGUGACCCAGGUCGCCAUGGGCUACUCUCACACGCUCCUCCUCUGCGACGACUCAACCGAAGCCGCCAAGCAGAAGAUCGCCACCAUACCCGUCUUCGACCCUUAGGUUCAGUAACUUUUACUCCUUUUGAUUCGGUCAAGUUGUGUUCGAAUGUAUGGGAAAUUAAAAGAAAAUAAAUCCAGCAAAAUUUUAAUGUAGUAUGGUACCAUAGGGUAAGGCGUUUUGCGCACACUAGCGGCCUCUACCGUCCCCCUGACUCAACACCCCCUUUUAGCACGAAAUAGGUCCUGGUUUACGGUUUUAUUCAUUUUUAAGAAAAGUAUCAAAGGCUGCUAUAGAUAGAUAGAUAGAUCAGAGUUAUGAAAAAAGUGUCUAUGAAAGAAUUAGUUCUUAUUAAAUUUUAAACAAAAAAGGUUAUAUGCAUUUUUUUGUAGCACUUACCUUACCUGUGCGCAAAGCACCUUACCCUAAGGUAUCAAACCGCAUUUCUUUUUAUUUGGAUUUAAUUAUUUUUUUUCCAAAAAACACAGUUUGACCGAAUCAUUUCCGGUAACUUUAUCGUCACCACGCCCGUCUUCUACCCUUAGGUUCGGUAACAUCACAUUUUCGGUAACUUUAUCGCCACCACGCCCAUCUUCGACUUUUUUGUUCGGUAACUUUUACUACCUUUAAGUUGUAACCUACGGGUUAGAUACGGUCGCUGAUGGUUAAUAAUUUAAGUUAGUUUUAUUCUAAACCCAGUGUACCUUUCGGUAAAAUUAGAUAUACAGUUUAGGUAUCUUUCAAAGUUAAAUGCGUCUUUUGAAGAUAUCUUUAUAUUAACGGAACGUUUUAAAAAAUCUAUCAACUGUCUAUGUUCGAAGUGUGGUCACAAGACUUAAUGUAAGAAGCUAUGUCGGUUUUAAUUUGUUCCGUUCAGAAGAUAUCUUAAAAUACGCGUAUAACCUAGUUGACCAAUUGACCAUAUAUUGGUAACUCACCAAUUACAGUAUUAUACUGUAUUUAUGUUAAAACUCCUGAGAAUGUACGUUUCGGUAACAUUAGACCUGUUGCUCACCUUUCGGUAAGAGUGGUAUCUCUUUGAUCCAUGAUACUUUUAUAUCUGUUUUAUCCCACGGGUUAAAACUAUAACUUACAUUUAACUAUCCGUCUAUAGUGCUUAUCUCUUGACUUUCAAUUAUAUUAAUAAGCAAUACUUGUUAUAAUUCCUGAGAAUGUGUCUUUCGGUAACAUUAGACGUGUCUCUUUGAUAUAUCUGCUUUAUCAUAUGAGUUAACUACAACUGUAGGCAUAGAUUGUCAAAUGCCAACCCUUCCACCUUUUUUUCGGUAUGACCACUCUUCGAUAUGAUUUUUUUUUUCGGUAACUUUCUUUAAUAUUACCGACUACUAUAUAUAGGAUUUAAUGGCGCUUUUUAAAGAUUUUUCUAGAUAUUUUGGACCAUCUGUAUUUCGUGGAAUUAAGCGUUUAAGACAUACUUAUUGUCAUAUAUAACAUUCUCAGGAAAACCACUUAUACCUACUUAUCAUUCAUAGCCGUCGUACUAAUUCUGUUAAGUGUUAUAUUCACUUCGUCCAUUUUGAUCUGUUUUCAUUUCUCGAAUUUACUUUAGAAUUAUGUACAAAUAUAAAAAUCGUGACAAUUUAGGUACUUUACUGUAUAAGCGUAAAUAUUAUUCUUGUUUAUUACUUUUUCAAUGGUCAGUUAUUAUUAUUAAUGCAGUCCUAGAUGCAGAUAUAUCCUAGAUGCAGAUGUAGUGCGAAAAGAUUUGCCUUCGUAUUGUUACGGAAAAAUACGAACGUGUCAUGCGCGUUUAGUCAGUCUCAGUACAAGAUGUACUGAACUAGCAUUACAAAUACGAACGAUUCCGGAAAAAUACGAAGGAAACCAUUUUCGCAGUACAUCUGUACAUGUUUCGCAAAUUUUUACAUAGACAAAUUGAAAUAUUGUCGGAAAUGUAAGAAAGUCGCAAGAAACAGGAAUCUUUCAUUUUGAAUGAAUACAUUAAUGCAGUAUCAUCAAAUAUUGUUACCUCACAUGUGGAAGCUGAUAUAGAUAGCUUAUUACUUAAAAGGCUGUUUACUACAGGCAGGCAAGCACGGUAGCGUGAUAUAGCCUAUCACGUUGCAGCGUCCUUUUCGCACUUUCUGUGAUUGCGAAAGGGACGUAUCGACGCGAUACGCUAUAUCACGCAAAUGUGCUUGACUACCUGACCUUUUAGCAAAACUUGUCGCGCGCGAUGGACUCGCGCGCGACAAGACAAGUUGUGCUAGAGGGGCUGGUGUCAAUUAAUAUUUUAUACUUACUGCUUUUGUGUCUAGGACUGACAAUCAUUGAUAUUUUCUUGAAUUAUUAAAAUGUGUAGGACUGUUUUUUCAAAAGCGACCUAUUUUCGACUUAAAUGUCAGCAAGGUUCACUUUUGAAAAGAGAGUAGUGUCUGUUCUGUAGUUAGUGUGUGUUGUAUCGAUGUAACAAAGACUGUGUAUUGGUGUAGAUAGACAUGGUGGGCGAGGAUAACCCGACCAAUUAAUCGCAAUUGCGCCGAAUCAUUCAUUAAGUAUUAUUUUCAUAUAGGCCUGUACACAAGAGCUGACACAAAUGAAAUAUUUUUUAUUUUAUUUUAUUUAUGGCAUCAACAGGAAAAACAAAUGCUUUUGUUAAAAUACAACACAGAAAGCCAAUAAAAAAUGUCCACAAGAAUACAAUUAAUACUUUAUACUACAUAGGUGGAAGGAAAAUUAAAUAUAAUAAAUCAACGAGUGAAUGAAAAUUAUGUGGCAUGUUCUGAUAUUUUUGAGCCAAAGUACUCAACCGCUUCCAAUAUAUCUAAUGAACACUUUAGGCACAGUAUAAUAAAGAGUACUAUCGUACAGUAUGGCCACUCCCGCUCCCCGCUGAAAGUGCCGCCCACCCCCUCUCGCUUACCUCACCUGUCAAAAACGCGAACAGUCGACCUGUCAUAUUUCACUCAUACAAGCAUAGUACGCGUUCACCUACACGAGUUUAGACUUUGUGCUAGGAACGCGCCUCUUUCAUAUAUUUGAUCGCCAGAGGCCGAGGUGUGCUUUAGGUAUUCAAUAUAGUUGCGGACAAGGUGCCAAAAAUAUGUAUCACCGACCUUAAAAACAGGAAGUUGUGUAUACAUAUGUUUGGCACUUUGUCCACUAUAUUUAUAUAAUAACUUGACGGUGCAAAGUCUCGUUCAUUUCCAUUCGGUCAGCUUUCGUGUAUCAAACUAUUUGUAUACAGAAGUCAUAGUUUCGUUUUCUUUCAACCCCUUAUUUGCCAAUAUUGGUACUGAAACUUGAGUAGUUUCAUGUGCUCUGCCUACCCCUUUAUGGGAUAUAGGCGUGAUUGAAUGUAUGUAUGUAAAUGGUAUCCUCUAACCCACCACAAGCUAAAAAAUCAUUCAAUGUUUAAUCAUAGGUAUUGAAAGAGUUGUUUGUUUUAAAAUGUAAGAAAAACAACUCUAGUCCAUUUUAUUAUGAUUCAAACUUAGCAGGUAAUUUUUGUACUACUAGUUUGUUUUUCAAUGUGUAUAACACAUUUUAACUGGGACAAACCUGCGGGUGUAGCACUAGUUGGAUAAGCUUUAUCGCAUCGGUGCGUCCCUACCGCACUUACAAAUAGUGCGAGAAGGGCGGCCUGACGUUAUAUCGUUUAUC